UUACAGACACUGUGGCCUUAUUCGCUAACGAAGCCCGAUGUUCUUUCCAGAACGAAGUCGGUGAUCACCCAUUUUUUUACCUCUCUGACAUAAGCUAACUCAUCAUCUUACAGUGGUAAAAGUCUCAGAAAAAAAUCGAUGUUGGCAAAUUUUCGCGCGAACGUCCUUAAGUUAACUGUUUGCGUGUCAUGUGCAGAGUGGUGACAGUCAUGUGCACACCAUAGUUAUUUUUAGCAUGCCGAUUGCCUUUGAAUGAGUUGAAACAUUGGUGCAGCGAUGUCUGAAAUUCAGUUCCUACAUGUCAUGUGAUUCGUAUGACACAAAUAAAUCUUCUCAAAAUAAGUAACUACAAUACGAUAUACAAUACAAUACUUUAUUUAACCACGCGACACCUAGGAGCGCAAGCGCUCGUUAAAACGUGUGCGUGAACUGAUCUUGCGAUGCAACUGAGGCACUGAAGAAAAAAAGAAAAACAGAAUACUUCGCUGUGAGUUGAUUUUUCAGUGCCACCGGAUUUACAGCAACCUGCCACGGAUGGAUUCUUCCAAUAGCACUGUCUCCAAGCCAAAUGCACAAAGAGUGGCCUCCGAUCUCCCAACUUCCUCGCGGCCAGCAUCUCUUCAUGAAAAACCGCGGAAAACGGCGAAAAUAGGAUGUGUGGAAAUGCCUCUGUUCUGUGCAAACUUGUUUUUCUCUUUUUUCGCGGUAGUUGGAACAGUUGGUCAAACCGUCUCGUUGCCUCUGUGGAUCGACUCUACAAAUGAAAAUGAAAAUCUUUCAGGGAGAUCGGUGGACAGUUAUUUCGUGUUUUCCUUUGCAAGUCUGUCGUUUGUUGUAAUAUUUGGACUGGGGACACUUUUCAUUCGAAUCUUUUCGCCUCAAGAUAUCGGUGAAACGGAGAAGCGCUUUCCUCACUUACAGCUGUUUCUAGUCGGCCUCUGUGAUUCAUUAAACGGAGCGAUGAUUGUCUUUGCGAGCAAGGGAUCCAGAACUCCGCCGUAUCUCCAGGCCAUUCUCGGGAACUUCGGGAUUCCUUUAACCAUAUUAUUCAGGGUGCUCAUCGUACGAAAGAGGCCGACACUUCUAAAGCUGCUCUGUGGUCUCGCUGUAGUUGUCGGUCUUUUUGUUUGCCUCAUUCCAACAAUUUUUCCCGCUGUUGAUCCUAAAGCAGGGAAAACAAAAACCGAAGCUCAUGGCGUUUCAAGAGUGAUGUGGCCUCUCAUUUUCAUGCUUGGAUUUGUACCCGCAACCGUUAUGAAUGUCAUCAUUGAACGAGGAGUGAAGAUGGAAAACCAAAUAUCGAGAAGAAGAAUCAACUUGGUUUACUUCCUGUUCUGGACCUCUUUAUAUCAACUUCUUUGUGUUGGUUUGCUUUUCUGGCUAGAUAUUCUGCCUUGGUAUGGAAACGUUGACAGUAUCAGCGAGUUUGGAAGAAAUUGGUGGUUUGGAGUUCAAUGUUUCUUUGGCGCAGCAGGUUGUGAUUCCACAUGUGGCAUCAGAGGAACCAUGUUUAUUCUCAUGUACGUUUGUGCUUAUGCUGGAUCAGCAAAUCUGUUAAGACACACGGAGGGAGCUACUUGGGUGGCCAUUGUCGUAUCCCUAGUUACUCCUCUGGGUUUUCUUUUCUGGACUUUGUUCAACGAAUCACCGUUCAAGUGGCACCCUGAGGGUCAUGUGAGCACUUGGUUUAGCAUCGGCGCACUGGCAAUCAUGGUUCCCGCCAUUUUUGCCUACAACAUGGGGGCGCCAGAGAUUUCUCUAAACCCUGAAGAAAGCCGUCGAGAAGAGCUUUUCUUCUCCGAUUCCGUGAGUCAGUACCAUUCAGAUCCUGGUGCAGAAGAACCUCUUCUCUCCAACAAAACCAGCUUGUCAAGCUAUACCGUUUAAAGGGUCUUCUUGCAACGUCUCUUACCCGAGACAUAAACACUGUAUAUGCACCGCCUUCAUUGUUCACUUCUUUAUAUUAACCUUGUAGCGGCGCACGUAAAACUGAACAUUACAUGAAUUUAUUUAUUGAGUUUCAACGAUUCACAGAGCCCUUAGAGCUUUCGUAUUUUUCGCACACCGGCCACCGGCUAUUCUUAAACUUAACUAGUAUGUGUAGAAAUUCUUACUUUUUUAAACUCGAAAAGAAAUCCGUUGUUUUGUAUCCUGAUUUAAACACAUGCGAUGAUGGCACAAGCAUAUUAUAUUAUCGCAAUCAAAAUAAACGAAUGAUUUUGCUUUG